AUGAGCUGCCACGCCCGCCUACUUUGGCUGCUGUUCUUCCACGCUGCGAUUCUACCUGAAGCAGCUUGUUACAGGAGGGACAUCAGAGGGUCCGGAGCAAGGCUGGGGAAGGAACGGCCUAAGAGAAGCCCCAUCCAAGGCAUUUCUGAGGAACCUCAAGAAGGAAAUGGUGAAGAGCUGGUGGCAAGGCCUCAAGGCAAUGGAAAUCCAGCCACCAUAUUAUCAGUUCUGCCUGCUGCCAUCUCCACUCAGCCAUCUUCUAAGCUUGCCCCAAGUUCCCUUGCAUCAGUUCUACCUGUGGCUGACCCAGUACCUGGCAGUCGAAGAGCACAUGUGCCCAGGCUCAGCCUCAAUGGUGCUGACAUGUCACCAGAGCCCACUCCAGUAAUAGAUCCCGAUCCCGAGUCAUCGAAGCCAUCAGGAGACUGGGCCCCUGUGCGGCUGUCAGGCAACCAUGGGAGCUGUGCGGGCCGUGUAGAACUCUUCUACCAAGGAGUCUGGGGGACUGUGUGUGAUGACCUCUGGGACCUUACAGAAGCAAACAUCAUCUGCAGGCAGCUGGGGUGUGGCCGGGCUGUGUCAGCCCUGAGUGAAGCUUACUUUGGACAAGGUUCUGGGAAGAUUCUUCUUGACAACGUGCAUUGCAAGGGGCAUGAGGAGCACCUGGAGGAGUGCUCCCACCUUGGGUGGUUCUCCCACAACUGUGAUCACAGUGAAGAUGCCAGUGUCAUCUGUUCAGAUGCUGAAUACGGAAUAGCCACACUAUCAGAUCGUCCAUUGGCUGUCAUGGAAGGAGCAAUGAAUCCAGAAAAAUCUCGGUGUGGUGGAGUUAUUACCAAAGCACCUGGAAAAAUUAAGAAUCCUCCAAUGAAUGAAAUGCAUGACAACAUAACGUGUGUGUGGGAAAUCAGGGCAAAUACCUCUGAUCGUAUACGGCUGGCAUUCCCGUCUCUUGACCUCGACUGCACCAAUGAGUAUUUUGAAAUCCUGGAUGGCCCUCCAUCCUCCGUGAAGUCCCUGGGGAAACCCUGCCGUGGGUUGCACGUCACCUUUGCAUCUCACUCCAACUCGAUGACCCUAGUGUACUACCGAGGCGAGAACGACAUUGGGAAAAACUUCAUGGCUUAUUAUUAUUUUGAAGCUAAAGAGGUAACAACGAAGACCCCGUAUCUGAUCACUAUACCCACAGCAACUUCCAAGAUGGUAACAGAAAGACCACAAUUCUCAAAGCCUGCACAGCCUACACAUACUCCUAAUGGGAAUGUCUCACCUCUUCCCGUGCCUGACUCAGGGGACUGGCCAGAGCUGCGGCUAGUGGGUGGCUCCAAUCGCUGCUCAGGGCGUGUGGAGAUCCUCUACCAGGGAGUCUGGGGGACUGUGUGUGAUGACCUGUGGGACCUGAAUGAAGCUGAGGUCGUGUGCAGACAGCUGGGGUGUGGUCAGGCUGUGUCUGCCCUUGGCAAGGCCUACUUUGGCCCUGGCUCGGGAGAUAUCUUCCUAGAUAACCUCCAAUGUGCUGGGGUGGAGCACUUCCUGGGUCAGUGUGCCCAUUCUGGCUGGUCAGAUCACAACUGUGGCCACCAUGAAGAUGCUGGUGUCAUCUGCUCAGAUGCUGAAAAACCUCUGUCCCAUGUUCCAGGAGACUGGCCAGAACUUCGCCUAGUGGGUGGCUCCAGUCGGUGCUCAGGACGAGUGGAAAUCCUCCACCAGGGAGUCUGGGGCACCAUAUGUGAUGACCUGUGGGGUUCAAAUGAAGCUGAGGUUGUAUGCCGCCAGCUAGAAUGUGGGCAGGCUGUUUCUAGUCUUGGUGGGGCUUACUUUGGCCCAGGCUCAGGAGACAUCUUCCUAGACAAUCUUCAGUGUUCCGGACUGGAACAUUACCUCAGCCAGUGUCCACAUUCGGGAUGGUCUGAACACAACUGUGGCCACCAUGAGGAUGCUGGUGUUAUCUGCUCAGAUUCAGAUGCCCCUCCUCCACCUAUGCCACCAGGUCCUCCUCCAACUUCUCAGGAUCCACUAACAGGAGGAAGUAACUCUUGUGGAGGAGUAAUUUCCAGCCUCUCUGGUUCAUUUACAAGUCCACAGUACCCAGAAAACUAUCCAACAGACAUCCAAUGUGUUUGGGAGAUCCAUGUGGAGAAGAAUUUUCGCAUAGAACUCAUGAUUCCGAAUUUGAACCUGGAAGAUAUCCUUGGAUGUCCCUAUGACUCAGUUGAGAUCUUCGAUGGCCCCAGAAUUCCAUCACUCUCCAUGGGGAAGUUCUGUGCCCCAUCAGCUGUGGUAUUUUUCUCCUCCUCAGACAUCUUGACAGUUGUGUUCCGCAGUGACUACAUGACAACAAACACUGGCUUUUAUGCUUUCUUCAAUGCAAUUCCACAAGACGGAAAGGAGUCAGAAGAAAGACCAGUGCUGCGGUUGGCAGGCAGCUCUGGACAGUGCUCAGGACGAGUGGAGAUCCUCCAUCAGGGGGCCUGGGGCACCGUGUGUGAUGACCUGUGGGACCUGAAUGAAGCUGAGGUUGUAUGCAGACAGCUGGGGUGUGGCCAUGCCAUUGCUGCUCCUGGAAGUGCCUACUUUGGUCCAGGCUCUGGAAGCAUCCUUCUGGACAACAUUCAGUGCUCAGGAAAGGAAAACCACUUUGGCCAGUGUUCCAGCUCUGCCUGGUUAGACCACAAUUGUGGCCACCAUGAGGAUGCUGGAGUUAUCUGCUCAGAUGCAGAAGUGACCCCUUCACCGACAGAAGGAAGUCAGUCCUGUGGAGGAGUAAUUUCAAGUCUCUCAGGCUCCUUCUCCAGUCCUUGGUACCCUACUAACUACCCCACUGACACAGAGUGCGUCUGGGAGAUACACGUGGCUGAGAAGUUCAACAUAGAGCUGACGAUCCCAAGCCUGAAACUGGAGGACAUCUAUGGGUGCCCUUACGACUUUGUGGAAGUGUUCGAUGGACAGCAAGUUGCCUCACUCUCCAUGGGCAAAGUCUGUGCUGGGGCAGAACUCACAUUCCUCUCCUCUUCAAAUUUCAUGACAGUAGUGUUUAAAAGUGACACCAUGAUCACCAACACAGGCUUCUAUGCUCUGUACAACACCAUUCUGCAAGGCGAAAGGCAAAAUGGGAUGGCCUUGAGACUGGUGAAUGGCAGCCACAGGUGCGAGGGCCGAGUAGAGAUCUCUUACAACGGGACCUGGGGCACAGUGUGUGAUGACAGCUGGGACCUGACAGAUGCCAAGGUGGUGUGCCAGCAGCUCGGCUGUGGUAAGGCCUUGUCAGCCCCAGCUGAGAGCUACUUUGACAAAGGCAUGGGCCAUAUCAUGCUGGACGACGUACAGUGCAUGGGGGAUGAAGCAAAGGUGUGGCAAUGCACACAUCUUGGAUGGUUCUCCCACAACUGCGGGCACCAUGAGGAUGCCAGUGUGGUCUGCUCAGGUAUGGACGAGGCACCAAGUGGAGGACCAUCAGAUGAAAUCUUCCACUGCGGUGGUUUGCUCACAAAUAGUUCAGGCUCCUUCUCCAGCCCUUGGUAUCCUAAAAAAUACCCCACAAAUGUGGUGUGUGCCUGGGACAUACAAGUGGAUACCAGUGCUCACAUCAGACUCACCUUUGAAGUGGUCAAGAUGGAAAGUUUCUAUGGCUGCCCUUAUGACUUCAUUGAGAUUUUUGAUGGCCCACAAAGUGAACCAUUUUCGCUGGGGAGAUUCUGCUCUGAAACAACUCCAAUAUUUACCUCUUCCUCAAGCCACAUGAGUGUGGUGUUCCACAGUGAUGCAAUCGUCACCAACAUUGGAUUCUUUGCAUCUUAUGAGUCUCUGUUGCAAGAUGAGAAAAACACAGAUGUGGCACUCAGACUAGCCAAUGGCAGCCACCCAUGUGAGGGCCGCGUGGAGCUCUACUACAAUGGGAGCUGGGGCACGGUGUGUGAUGACAGCUGGGACCUGAGAGAUGCCCAGGUGGUGUGCCGGCAGCUGGGCUGUGGUGGGGCUGUGGUAGCCAUUGGCCGAGCACAUUUUGAGCGAGGCUUAGGCCCCAUUGUCCUGGACGAUGUGGAGUGCAUGGGAACGGAAGCAAGACUGUGGCAGUGUCUGCACAGUGGCUGGCUCGCCCACAACUGUGGCCACCACGAAGAUGCUGGUGUUGUCUGCUCAGCCUCCUUGUCCCAGCCAGCACCAUCCUUUCCUGUGAGUGAUACGAUUUCAGCCUUGCUAGGAAAGCAGCCAGAGGUGCACACAUCACCAGGUCUGGCCCUGCGGCUGGUAAAUGGGACAAGCAGGUGUGAAGGCCGAGUUGAAGUGUGCUUUGCCAACACCUGGGGGACUGUGUGCGACGACAGCUGGUCCAUAGAGGAUGCCCACGUGGUCUGCAGACAACUUGGCUGUGGUCCAGCUUUAUCUGCCCUGCCAGGCAGCAGUUUUGGCCCUGGGUCAGGCAGCAUCGCCCUUGAUGAUGUAAACUGCACAGGAAAAGAAUCUUCCCUGGCAGAGUGCCCUCACAGAGACUGGCUCACCCACAAUUGUGGGCACCAGGAAGAUGCUGGUGUUAUCUGUUCAGAUUCUGCAGCUAAUGGACAUCCAGCUACUCCAGCUCCUGAGGAACAGCCACACGAUUUGCAUCCAGAUCUGCAGCUGGUGAGACUGUCCGAUGGGAGAAGCCAGUGUGAGGGCCGCGUAGAAAUCUACUUCAAUGGGACCUGGGGGACCGUGUGUGACGAUCUUUGGAGCAUACAGGCUGCCCAAGUGGUCUGUCAACAACUGGGCUGUGGGGCAGCCCUGGCAGCCCCCAGGAGCAGUCUAUUUGGGGAUGGCUCUGGCCCCAUCUUCCUAGACGACGUGAGAUGCGUGGGCACAGAGACCAACCUGGGGCACUGCCACCACCUCGGCCUUUCUGUGCACAACUGUGAACACCACGAGGACGCAGGCGCCGUCUGUUCAGCUGUUGGUGUUGCCUCAGCUCCAGCAGGAGUGGUUCCUGCAGCUGACUCGCUUACAAUCAGGUUGGUGGAUGGAAAAAAUCGGUGUGAAGGGAGAGUGGAAGUCCACCACAAUGGCACGUGGGGCACUGUUUGUGAUGACCACUGGGACAUCGAGGACGCCCAUGUGGUGUGCCAGCAACUGAACUGCGGGAAGGGUGUCAGUGCCCUUGGGAGUGGCCACUUUGGAGAGGGUGUAGGGAGCAUCUUCCUGGACGAUGUGAGGUGCCAGGGCAAUGAGACCUCGCUAAGCCAGUGCCACCACCCAGGCUUGUCUGUCCACAACUGUGGCCACCAUGAAGAUGCCAGUGUCAUCUGCUCAGCGUCAGACACAGAAAGGCCAACUUCACCGGGUAAUGUUUCUUUCUUUACUGUUUUCUCGACAUCAGUUCCUACCUCAAAUCCAGCCACAGUUUGGGUCCCUGCAGCUGGCAUCACCACCGCUCUGGUAGAAGUUACUCCUUUAUCUGGUAAGGGCCUCUGCCCACCACACUGCACAGAUGUGCCUUUAACCUCCACUGAAGAGGAGAGCUCCUCUGACACAUCUUCAACCUCAACAAAAUCAAGCCCUCCAAAUGAUGCAUCUUCAGUCUCAGCAGACGAGGAGACAUCCUCUGAUGCAUCUUCAGCCUCGGAAGAAAAAGAGACAUCUUCAGGUGUAUCUUCAUCAGAGGAAGUGGCCUCUUCUGACGUUUCUUCACCCUCAGCAGACACAAGUUCUUCAAACGAUGCAUCUUCGUCCUCAGCAGAAGAGAUAUCCUCUGAUAUGUCUUCAACCUCGGCAGAAGGGGAGAGUGGACAGUCAACUGAUGCAUCUUCAGCCUCAAUGGAUGCCUCCUCAGAUGCGUCUUCCGGCUCUGCAGAAGAUACUGCCUCUGACACCUCUUCAUCCUCAGCAGAAUCAGGCUCUCCAACUGAUGCAUCUUCAGACUCGGCACAGGAGACCUCUUCAGAUAGUUCUUCAGCCUCAGCAGAAGCAAGUUCUCCAGACGUGUCUUCAGCCUCGGCAGAAGGGAAGAGUGGAGAGCCAAGUGAUGCAUCUUCGACCUCUGCAGAAGAAGAGACAUCCUCAGAUACGUCUUCAACCUCAGCAGAAUCAAGCUCUACAACUGAUACAUCUUCAGCCUCAGCAUCAGCAGAAGAGUCCAGCUCCUCUGAAACUUCCUCAGCCUCGGCAGAAGCAAGAUCCCCAGAUGAUAUUUCUUCGACCCCAGCAAAGCCAACCUCUCCAAGGGCCACGGUUCCAACUUUGACAAAAGUGACUCCGUCGCCUGACCUGCCUCUGCGCUUGGUAGGCGGGCGGAACCGCUGUAAGGGCCGGCUGGAGGUGCGGCACGAGGGGGAGUGGGGAACUGUGUGCGAUGACCGCUGGAACAUCAAGAACGCCCGGGUUGUGUGCCGCCUCCUGGGCUGCGGUCCAGCGCUAGGCGCCCCAGGUAGAAGCCACUUUGGACCCGGUACAGGCCCCAUCCUGAUGAAUGAAGUGCGCUGCUCUGGCAGGGAGGACUCUCUGGAGAGCUGUGCCCACGCUGGCUGGACAAGGCACAACUGUCACCACCGCGAGGAUGCUAGCGUGAUCUGUGCAGGUCCAGCAGACUCUCUUGUGCCCAAGGAUAAUGCCCAGCUAUCUUGCUUGCCUCACCUCUUCCAAGCUGUUAUUGACCGAGGCUAUCUCCGGAGACUAGGCUACUCCUCCUGGGACAUCCACUUAAAUGAUAAGAUGUGUCGCCCCCAAGUCACUGGGCGUUACCUUAUCUUCAAUAUUCCGUAUGGCCACUGUGGCACCGUCAUGCAGGAGCACCAGGGCUCUCUCAGCUACUCCAACUCCAUCCGAGGCAGAACGCAAGGCCACCCUGGCCAAGUCAUUGUGAGGCAUAAGUUACCCCAGGUGAAGUUCACCUGCAAAGUGGAUGGCCAGUCUGCAGUUGAAAUCGUGCAUGGGAGUGACACUAAAGACGAAGCCAGCUAUGAUGUAUCUAUUUCAUUUCUCCAGUCACCUGUAUCUCAGAAUACAGGGGGCAGAGCUCCUUUGGCUAGUCAGAGGGAAGAGGUCUUCCUCCAGGCCACCCUCCACAGCCACAACCCCAAUCUGAGGCUCGUCGUGGACACCUGUGUGGCUUCUCCUGAUGCCAGCGAUUUCACAACUGUCAAGUAUGAUUUGAUCCAGGAAGGCUGCAUCAAAGAUAAUUCUUACUCCAACCUCCAUGCCCCUGAGAAGAACGUGGCCCAGUUCAAGUUCAAUGCCUUCAGCUUCCUCAAGAGCUACGAUGUGGUCUACGUGCAGUGUAAAGUUGCUGUCUGCCGACUCGGGGACCACUCUUCCCGAUGCUCACAAGGCUGUCUGAAUCGGGGAAGGAGAGGUGCCGGCUCUGCAGAGGUCAGAGAGGGACAAACUGAGUAUUUCCAAACAGUGGGGCCACUGAAGAUACACAGAGAAGCUAAUCAAAGCAAGGUCCUGGUGUGA